AUGGGAAGUCGGAUAGUGGAGCUGCCUCCAUAUACGGAGUUCGUUUGGAGAAUUGACAAUAUUUCGAAGUUGGCAACUUAUAUGGAACACUACUCUGACAUUUUUUUGGUUGGUGAUUGUGAAUGGAAGGUGUCAAUUAAUCCGAAGGGAUAUAACUACGGGGAUGAUGACCACUUGUCCAUUAUCCUUUGGCCAGUAGACGACUCAUCCAAAUUAUCGUAUGCCAAGUUCAGUUUCUCAGUUGUUAAUCAAAUCAAUAGCGACGGCACAGUAAUAGCAGAUGGAGAAUACGAAUUCGCUGACGAAAAUGGUCGGGGUUUCUUAAACUUUAUGCCUGUAAGAGAACUCAUCAAUGAUGAAGGUUAUGUUGUGAAUGAUACUUGUAUUGUAACUGUUAGGAUUUCUUCUUGUAGAAUGUUGGAUAACUCAACAGAUUAUGAGGAUGGUGAUGAGGAUGAGGAGGAGGAGGAGGAUAAAGUGAAUAAGGACUUGAGCACAAUGCAAGCUGUCAGGAAUCAGUUCAAUUUUAAUGGAUUUGGUCUUUAUUUAGCUCAUGUUUUGCCCAAUAGUGGAUUCAAUGAAGUUAUAGGUUGA